UUUUCCUUCUCUUUUAAUAAUUGUUUUUUUAAUUCAAGUUGUUUAAGUUUUUGUGUAUAUUUUAAUUUAUCCUUGAAUUUUUUAAUGCCUUUUUUUGUUAAUGGCAUUUUCAUUUUUUUAUUUUGAAUUUCAUUAUUGGAAAUCGAAGUGGAUUUGUUUACGGUAUUAACUCUUCGAAGUAAAUUUAAUAACUUGGAAGAUUUUUCAAGUUGAUUGGUAGUAGCAGAGGAGGAUUUUGUGGAUUUCAUUGUUGAAAAUUAUGACUAUGACUAUUUUAUUUUAUUUUAUAGAGAAGGAAUUUUCUAUAACAAUAUGAAAGAUGGAAGCGAUUAACAGUCAAUCCAGAUCAGCGGGAUAAUUUGCGCCUUCUUACUUAAUCCGUCUUAACCAUUUCUUUCUUUUAUUCUAGAGAAAUCUAGUUGCAACAAUGUUGGGUUUCUGGUCAACUGGCCGUAUAAGUUUGAUAAAUGUUUCUUUCUCAGGUCAGAGAAUACAGAACAAUAAUAACACUAGUGUCAAAUCGGAACCUUUUAUUCCUCACUUUCCGGUGCAGAUUAAUACUAACAUGGCCAUUUCGCAUAUUUACUUCCAAUUUCUGCUGCUUUAUGGCUACCAAUAACUAGUUCCUUCACCAUUUUCAUAUAAGAGCUCUCACAAACUUUCUGCUGCGAAUUUAUAUUGUAUAAUUAACAUUAAAUGCUUUUGAUUUAAUAAUUUCAGUUCAAUUCCACUGAGUAACAGAGAAAAUCUCGAAUGCAACAGAGUUUUCGAUGAUGAAGAAAGAAAUUUAAUUAAGAACGUUAACAUUUACAUGUCGGUUUUGAGAAUGAAACCUUACGGUCAGAAGAUAUUGGUACUUGUAUAAAAUCAGAAUCGAGAUUAAUUAUUGAUGCCAAUGUAAGAAAUGUAGAUGACGGAUUAAAUUCAAAUUCUCCUUGGAUUAAAUAAUGUCAUGUCUACUUUAACCAUCACUACUUCAGUUG